UUGGCGUCCCAGCUCAGUUAUCGCAUGCUCACCGGACAGCUCGGUCGUGUUCGCUCUCUGCCGCACCUUUGCCUCACCUGAGCCGCCGUCGAUCACUUCGGUCGUUUACCUGCCGCUUACCGCCGAUCGCUGUGGAAAAAUGUUCUAACAGUACGAAUCUCCUGCGAACUUUUGAGUGAUACUUGGUAAUCAUAAGACUUGAAUAUGACGUGCCUGUCGGACAUUGACUUGGCCACCCUGCACCAGCAUCGUCUGGAGGAGCGCUUUAGCUAUAAGCUGGCUUGGAGUGGCACUGCCCACCAGCAGACCCAGUACAAUGAUCUCCUCGUUCGACACAAUGCCUCCCUGAAGCGCCAGAGAAUAAUCCAGCACAAGGCCAAUGUGGCGAGCACUAAGACAAAGGAUCAAACCGUGACCAGUGAAAGCCCGGCCACCGGCCAGGAAUGCCCCUUGGCCAAAUCCGAGGAAGAUCCCGAUGACGGCUACUUUGAUUCCACGACUCGACGCAGGCGUAGUGGCACUUGGCCGCGCACUAGAAGUCUGAAUGCUCCGUCGCCAUUCCAGCAAUUUGGGCCAUGUGGACGCAUUAUGAAGAACUCCGCCAUGGUGAUGCAGAUUCAGGAUCCUGCCAGCCAGCGAUUGACCUGGUACAAGCCGCCACUCACCGUCCUGGUGAUCAAGAAGAAGGACUCCCAGGUCCUGCUGCCCUUCGUCCAGCUGGUGGAGUGGUUAGUGAAUGAGAAGUGCAUGGUGGUCUGGGUGGAGUCCGCCGUCCUUGAGGACAAGCUCCUUCGGGAUGACGUCAAGCUGGAGCAGGAGAGCUCCAAGUUCCGGCAGGUGCAUGAGGACUACGCCGGAGUUAGGGCGCGUUUCCUGGCACUUCGGAAAAACCUGGUGACCUUCAGAGAUGGCCGCGACGACUUGACCGAUCGGAUUGACUUCAUCGUCUGCCUGGGAGGCGAUGGGACACUGCUGUAUGCCUCCCAGCUGUUUCAACAGUCGGUGCCACCGGUGAUGGCCUUCUAUCUGGGCUCCCUCGGUUUCCUCACGCCCUUCCAGUGCGACAAUUUCCAAGAGCAGGUGACGAGUGUCCUGGAGGGUCAUGCUGCUUUAACGCUUCGUAGUCGUCUGCGUUGCUCCAUCCACCGCAAGGGCGAACGUCGCAAGGAGUCCCUGCUACCCCCUGUGGGUGCCAAUCUCCUGAAGCCUAGCCUGCACAGGCAGCUUAAUUACGUGGAGUUCAACAACGGAAAAACAGGGAGUGUCGGAUGCAACAACAACAACUGCCCUAACAACAGCAUCCUGGUGCUCAAUGAAGUGGUGAUCAACAGGGGACCCUCGCCAUAUCUGAGCAACAUUGAUAUCUUCUUGGACGGCAAGUACAUCACGUCGGUGCAGGGUGACGGACUGAUCGUUUCGACGCCCACGGGGAGCACAGCGUAUGCGGCAGCGGCUGGUGCCUCUAUGAUCCAUCCUUCCGUGCCGGCCAUUUUGGUAACACCCAUCUGCCCGCACUCGCUGAGCUUUAGGCCCAUUGUGGUUCCCGCCGGAGUGGAGCUAAAGAUAUCAAUUUCACCUGAUAGUCGCAACACCUCACGCGUCUCCUUCGACGGACGCAACGAUCAGGAGCUAAACCAUGGGGACAGCCUGCGUGUGACAACCUCCAUCUACCCCGUGCCCAGCAUUUGCUCCCAGGACCAAAUAUCCGAUUGGUUCGACUCCCUGGCCGAGGGUCUGCACUGGAAUGUGCGUAAGCGCCAGAAGUGCCUCGAUGAGCUGUCGGACCUGACCACUUCUAGUUCAGAGGACACGCUCGAUGAGUUUGACAAUCUGAAGAUCUACGAUGCGUAGUGGUACCCAACCCAAUCGACACCUAUUAGCAGUUUGUAAGCGUGGCCAAUUAGCCUAGUUUAGUCCUAGCUCUUAGGGUUUGCUUGUGUGCAAUUGUAUAGGCUUAGAUAUGUAGCAAAAAUACUCUGUUGUUUAUACACAUAAUAAGUCGCUUGGUUGAAGUGUUAAAUAUUAAUUGACUAAUAUCGCAAUGUUUGUUUAAGCUAGGGAAAUUCCGUUGUUGCUUGUGAACAAAAAAAAAACGCUUAGGCUUAGCUCUUAAGUUUUUAUUAUUACGUAAUAUACGAUUAAUUACGUCGAGUGUUAAGUACUUAAGCUGACUCGCGUUAUCUGUACGAUUCGAUGGAGGUAAUAAAAACUGUAUUAUUUACUUAAAGCGCCACAAAA